AUGCAGCCGUUAUCUUGUAUGAAGCGAUUACAACCAAAAUUACAAUACGAUGAUCCACGUCUAUUAAGCAAACGAAGGAAGCUAUGCAUCCUGCUAUGUAUUUCAUUUUGUGUCAGCACGUCAAGUAUAUCGAGCACAAUCUAUUUCCCAGGAAUACCUUAUAUUGCUGAAGAAUUGCAAGCAUCAUCAUUAUCAGUGACAUUGACAACGGCACUCUACAUCCUAUUGACUGGUAUUGCACCCGUGUUUUGGGGCUCGAUCUCUGAUUACUACAAAAUCCGAAGACCUCUUGUUCUCGUAUCACUUGUGAUAUUUUGUAUAUCGACGGUGGUAGCAGGCGUUGUAAGCAACAUAUGGGCAUUGAUAGUAUUGCGUUGUGUACAAGCAACAGGUGCAUCAUGCACGUUGGCGGUGGGUGCAGGCAUUAUUGCAGAUUGCUUCGCUGUGGAGGAACGAGGUGCUGCAUUCUCCCAAUUCUUUUAUGGCUUGUUUGUAGGCCCUCUUGUUGGCCCUGUGAUAGGAGGUGGCCUCAUCAUGCUGCCAUCCACUUGGCGUGCCACUUUUUGGUUUUUGAGUGCGUAUGGGCUAUGUAUUUUAUUCGCGGUGUUUUUCGUUCUCCCAGAAACGUAUCGUGUUGAAAACCCAAGCGAAAAUGGUAUCGUCAUUGACGACGUGUCAUCUUCCUCUUCUACCUCGGAUGAAGAACUUGGCUAUUACAAGAGGAAUGAAAAGGCCGUUAGCAAUGAAAAACAAGAACCUGAUCCCACGACACCAAAAGCCCAUUCGAUGAUGAAUCCUUUAGAGCCAUUUUUCAUGCUGCGACAUCCAUUUGUAUUGAUGGCAUCUACCAUCUCUGGCGUUGCAUUUGGUGCCAUGUAUGCUGUGGAGACCAUUAUGCCUAGUUUGUACCAACAGCAUUACGAUUUCGUUGCAUGGCAAACAGGAUUGACAUUUUUGGGUGCUGGAUUGGGCAACACAUUGGGCACGGUGAUCAAUAGUGUGUCAUCGGAUCGAUUACUAUUACGAUCACGUCGACGACGAGGGGGUGAAGAACGAGUCGAAGAUAGAUUAACAUUGAAUCUAUGGCCAAGUGGUGUCGUGAUCGUGCCCUUAGGGCUCUUGCUAUUUGGAUGGCCCUUGGUGUUCAACCUUUCUUACUGGUAUCCAAUUAUCGGGUUUAGUAUUCAAAACAUUGGCAUGGUGCAAUUAAUGACCUUGUCAAGUGCUUAUCUCGUCGAUGCUAUGCCAGGUCGUGGGGCUACAAGCGCAGCAGCAGCCAAUUUAAUGCGUAAUACCUUUGCAGCUAUUCUCACUUUGGUAUCCAAUCCAAUGUCGGAUACAAUGGGCCCUGGUUGGACCACCGUGCUCUUAGCUGCACUUACAUGGUGGUCUAUGGGAUUGCUUUUCCUUCUCAAAGUUUAUGGACCUCGUCUUCGGCAAUGGUCAGGAUACGCUUAG